AUGACACGAGGUUCAGUCGACGGACAGCCUGCCAUGAGACGAGCCCAAAUGAAGCACGAUGUUGUUACUACUCGACGCGACGAGUUAGACGGUAAGAUGCAGAGCGAAGACGACGAGACGCUGAGCGACGACGACCAAGAGCAUGCGAGUGUUGAUGAAGAUGCUAGCGAACAUGAAACGAAUGCUGCUCAACAGGUCUUCAGUCAGAUCAAGAAUCUGGCCGUCCAAGACUUUAUGGGCAACACCAACAACAGCUUGCCAACCCCUACGAGUACAAGUGACUGGCAUUUCCUCAAUGCGCUCGGGCAGCUCGAAACGCACAUGCUGGAUGGCCACGACGAACAAGUCAAGAUAUGCAUCGACGAGCUUCUUCUCCACACAGCUGCAUUGGAGAUACCAGAGCUGCCAGCCCAUUUGAGCACCGACUCCAUCGCCACCUCGACCAAGCCCGCCUCUACUGGUUCUAUCCCUGCUCCGCCUGCUUCCACUCGUUCUAUCCCUUCCGCCGGUUCUACUCCCUCAGCCGAUUCUAUGGCCACCUCGACCAAGCCUACUUCCACUCGUUCUAUCCCUUCCGCUGGUUCCACUCCCUCAGCCGACUCCGUCGCCACCUCGACGAAGCCUGCUACUUGGCAAUGCGCAGUCUGCACGCUGAUCAAUCCGGCCUCGUUCGUAUGCUGUGAUGCUUGUGGCGGUGGCUCCCCUGCCGACAUCCAGGCUCACGACGAUGCAUCUGGUCACACCGCUGCUCCAGUUGAGCGUGAGAAAGUCAACAAGAAGCGCAAGCUCGAGGAAUCUACCAACGCCACCGCGACCUCCAACGCGCCCUCCAACACGCCCUCCACAGGGUCAGAUCAAGAUGAUUUCACUCGAGAGGUGCACCAUGUUGCAAUGCUUUCCAUGCUCCUAGGGCGCAAGGAAAUGUCAAGUGAGGUUCUUCUCGCGCUCGAGCCAGAAGUUGAUGAUGUUGAAUCAGCCUACGAGGGAAAGCGCCAGCACGAUGAUGCGCCCACCGGAGAGAAGUUACACACGAGCCGCAGGCAGCAACCCAAGAACCUCAUAGCUGCACUCGAGGAGAGGCUCAAGCUACGCACUGGUAUUAUGACCUUAGGACAGUGGACAGGAACUGGUACUGAUGGGGCCAUUGCUUUUUCUGAGUCCAAUGACGGCACUGCAUUCUGUCAACAGCUGACAAAAGAGUUCGAUAACUUGCCUCCGGGAUUCUCCAUUCUCAAUGAAUACACGAAGUGGCGAGCUGCGGGCGUUACCCUCGACAUCCUCCCCCGAUGGCUGAAGCUCUUGUCUGAGAUCAUGACCAGCGACCCACAGUUGCCACCUGCGCGAAUGGUUGCUCCUUCGGGCAAACUCGACUCGAAGAUCCUCAUCGUGAUGCAUUAUGCGUCUGAUUCGACAACGGCGUCUCUCGAAUAUGGCAAAACGAGAGACUUGAAGAGUCCAUGCCCCAGGACCGUCGACAAGAAGCUUGAUACCGAAUCCCUCCUCUUCGUGGACACAGCGUGUAUUCGCUUGAGCAACGCGCAGACCCUGCGCUCCAACAACUCGAAGUACGCGAACGAGCCAUACAAGGCGCUUGUGUCUCCCAAAGGUUGCGCUGCAAUGGAUAGCUUCUUCCAGUGCAUCGUGGACAACACUUCAGCCAAGGUCAUCAUUUCUUUCGGUGAUACCCCCAUGAAGAAGACGAAAGCCGCCAUGAAUCCGACCCACUGCUUCUCUCUGAAGGACAACAAAAGGCUCCAUUUCAUCAUCUAUCACCCAGAGCGCAUGAUGCACGGAUUGUCGUACCAGCACGGCGAGCUCUGCGACCUGCUCGUCAACACUGCCUGUGCAGUGGCUGGUCAUGCCGCUCGAGAUCCGAACUAUCCCAUACGAUUCGCCCUGAAGGACUAUUUCGCUCACAGGAACAAGACUGUGCUUGGACCCAUAGCAGAGGCUCAGAGCUCAGGGACGCCCAAACGCACCGGCGACAAAGAGAGUUGUGAGAUAACAAGGUCGCUGAUAAUCAGCGCCAAGGGGGUCGCGGCCCAGACUCGAAUGUUCAACUAUGCCAUGACGUACUUUCCUGUCAAAGUCUUCGCGGCAUGGAACUGUUACUGCCUCCUUACCGGCAUCGGUGGUUAUCUCGACUCGCUUCCGUUGAAGCCACUCCUCGAGCUCUUUCCUGACAAUCCUGACAUCCUCAUCGGUGGCCUCCAUCCAGAUAUUGCUGAUUUGCCCGCUGCCCAUGCAUUGUACAUGGCGCUGCAUGAUCCGGAGUUUACUCGGUGGUUCAAGUGGCCAGAGGAAGGUCUCAACUCGGCCGAGCAAGUGAGGGAGCAAGUGAGGGAGCAAGUGAGGGAACAAGUAAGGAAGCAAGUGAGGCAGCAAGUCAAGGAGCAAAUGAAAAAGUAA